AUUUAUUUGCGAUUUGUUUCUCUUUCUCUGCAGAGCCCUCAGCUGUACCAGACGUCAGGCUUGUGCUCCGUGAAUAGAAACUAUUUAAAGAAACUGAAAGCUGGUACUACAAACCUUAAAGCAACAAGACACACAAGACAUGACUCUGGUGGGCCCAUCGCCAAAACCUGGAGACCUGAUUGAGUUUUUCCGACCUCUGUACCAGCAUUGGGGUAUAUAUGUUGGAGAUGGAUAUGUUGUGCAUUUAACAGAUCAGGAAGGUUUCAGCAGUUUCUCUUCAGCAUUUGGAGCUACAGCGGCUGUGAGAAAGGACCGUUUGGAUAAAGCUGCUUGUGGCUGUAAAUACAGAGUUAAUAAUAAAUACGAUAAAAAGAGAUCGCCAAACCCCCCAGGGAAAGUUGUACAAGCUGCGCUGGAGGAGGUGGGCAAGCAGAUGCCCUAUAGUGUAACCAGUGGCAACUGUGAGCACUUUGUGACCAAUCUGAGAUAUGGUGACUGUUUAUCUGAUCAGGUGGAUAACGCCAUCAUGUACAGUGCUGUAGGCGCCGGCGCUCUGGCUGUUUUCGCUGGUAUUGCGUUGGUCACAAUGAGGAAUAAACGUCAGAACCAAUGAGAUGGCUCCCAGCUGACCCUGAUCGCUUUCUGCUGUACCCUAAAUGUAUUUAAUCCUUAGCAGUGCUUAAUAUUUCAUGUUCAGUGCCUUAAUAAUUUACAAUCAUUCUGGUUUAUGCUAAGAAAAUAAAAGUAACUUAUUUGUUUA